UUGUCAUCAAACCUCACACAAAGAAAACCUCACUAAACCUGAAAAUUUUGCAAAUUCUUCUUCUUCUUCAAUCUUCAACAUUUUUUCUUCAAAGUGAAUCCACACUGUGUUUAUUGGUCCUUCAAUGUUCAAAUCUGUCUCUCUCUGUUGCCGCUGAGAAGAACCCAUGUCCCUUUCCUUCUUCAAGCUCAUCCUGUGAAGCCCCAUUGUUGCACCCUUCACCGCCACCACCUCCCUCUUCCGACCAUUGAGGUUCCUUCAAUGAAAAAUCGUUUCUUUUUUGGGGGAGCGAAAAUGGGCAUGUGGAAAUGGGGCUUUUUGGGGCUUCUUUGCGCUGAUUUUCUCUUUGCAAUUGGUGCUGUGGAGCUGGGCAGGAGUCAACCCACUGAAAGAAUUUCAGGUAGCGCUGGUGAUGUAUUGGAAGAUGAUCCAGUGGGAAGAUUGAAGGUUUUUGUUUAUGAACUUCCAAGUAAAUAUAAUAAGAAAAUUUUGCAGAAAGACCCAAGAUGUCUCAACCAUAUGUUUGCUGCUGAAAUCUUUAUGCACCGGUUUCUCUUGUCUAGCCCUGUCCGAACCCUUAAUCCUGAAGAAGCUGAUUGGUUUUAUACCCCUGUAUACACCACUUGUGACUUGACACCAAAUGGCCUCCCUUUACCUUUUAAGUCCCCACGAAUGAUGAGAAGUGCCAUACAGCUUAUUUCUUCAAACUGGCCUUAUUGGAACCGGACAGAGGGGGCAGAUCACUUCUUUGUAGUUCCUCAUGACUUUGGGGCAUGUUUCCAUUACCAGGAAGAGAAGGCAAUUGAAAGAGGGAUUCUUCAACUGCUUUGGCGUGCUACAUUGGUUCAAACAUUUGGACAGAGGAAUCACGUGUGCUUGAAAGAGGGUUCAAUUACCAUUCCUCCAUAUGCUCCACCACAGAAAAUGCAUACCCACCUAAUUCCUGACAAGACUCCCAGGUCCAUUUUUGUAUACUUCCGAGGACUCUUUUAUGAUGUUGGCAAUGACCCUGAAGGUGGUUACUAUGCAAGAGGUGCAAGGGCAGCAGUGUGGGAGAACUUUAAGGACAAUCCCCUAUUUGACAUCUCCACUGAACAUCCAACCACAUACUACGAGGACAUGCAACGGGCUGUGUUUUGUCUAUGCCCACUUGGAUGGGCCCCUUGGAGCCCAAGAUUGGUAGAGGCUGUGAUAUUUGGCUGUAUCCCUGUUAUUAUUGCAGAUGACAUUGUUCUGCCAUUUGCUGAUGCAAUCCCAUGGGAAGAUAUAGGUGUGUUUGUUGAUGAGGAGGAUGUUCCUAAGCUGGAUACCAUACUCACAUCUAUUCCACCAGAUGUCAUAUUAAGGAAGCAGAGAUUGCUUGCCAACCCUUCCAUGAAGCAAGCAAUGCUGUUCCCACAACCUGCUCAACCGGGUGACGCGUUCCAUCAAGUUUUAAAUGGACUCGCACGGAAGUUGCCACAUGGCAGCACUGUGUUCUUGAAGCCAGGGGAGAAGAUCUUGAACUGGACUGCUGGACCUGUUGGUGACCUUAAACCUUGGUAACAAUCAUAUUACUUUUCUGAGGGCAUUAAGAUUCUUUAUAGUUCUUGCUCAAUCCUCCCAAAGUGUUCAUAGGGGCUGGUAAUUGAGAUACCUUUUCUUUUCUUUUUGUGUUGUAAAUCUUGGUGUUUUCAUAGACAAUUCUUUAGAUCAUGUAAUCCAUUUUGCAACAUGAAUGAAGUGAAAGUCUCAUAAUAUGCUCA